AACUUGAGUAUGCUUAAAUGAGCAAAUGAACGAAAAUGCAAGAACGAACGAAAAUAGUGCACGACUCACACAACGUACAAAAUUUGCGUCAGCUGCUAAGUGCACGCGUGAUGCGUCAGACGUGCAUCGCUUGCGCAUCACGGGUGGCGAGACGGCAGACAGACAGGCGCUCGCUGGGCGGGGCAGAGACGCAGCGCGAUCAGCUGAGAGCGCACUCUCAUUGCAGCAGAUAUGCCCUUCAUGGGACGUGAUUGGCGAGCUCCGGGUGAAACCUGGGUUCGAACCCCGCACACGAAUGGUUGGGAACGUUCCAAACUUAGACCUAUACAGAUCAUAUCUGAUGCAAUUCCAAUACCAGGUGCUAUACCUGAAAAUGAAAUUUGUCACACAAAUUCGUCCACUUCAUUACUGAGUUUGGACAGUGGUACUGGAAGCCGAAGCGGAUCCUUGUCUGAAGAUCCUAUCUCUGAACUCGAAGAUGGAUGGAUCCCACAUUGCUUCGUGAAAAGCAAAUCAAAAGAGUUUAUUGGAUGCACCAGCAUUAGCGAGGCUUUUCAUCGACUCGAUCUUGCACGAGCUGUUUCCGAUGUGCGCCGUUUCUCCUACAUUGCCAAGGUGGUGGAGAUCCUUGUACAAGAGAAAGUCCAGAAUUUGUCCGGAAAUGCAAGAAAGUCACUUGUGGGCAUUUUGACUGCUAUAGUUCUACACUCCUCAGAAGAAGAUGUACACGUAACAACUGCCAGAGAACUGGUCCAGCAGUUCGGACAAGCCCUUGAGGGUCAUGUUUGUGGAUCGCCACAGCUGGUCUCACGCCAUCAACAUACCGCUAAUUCACUUCUUGAUGUGAUUUCGGAUCGACAGCCGAAAUCUGUAACUUCGGCCGAAGAGACUAGUGUCACAUUCCUCGAUUUGCCCAGAGAGAUCCUCACGCUAGUGCUCAGGCGCCUUCCAGAUGAUAAAUCUCUUCUGGAAAUUGCUAAGGCUCACGAAGCUCUGCAAAGCAUAAUUGAUCGUGAAGAUCGCCUUUGGCAAUCACUUUGUGAAUUCCAUUUCACUACUUCACAAAUCGAUCAAAGGAAAACGUCAGAGAAAACUUGGAGAAAGACAUUCUUUGAGCUCAAGAAAUACAAUGGAAUCCGCGAGGUGGGCCACAAUUCUUUUUUUUUAUCAAAGAUAAAAGAGGAAGAAAAGAGCCUCGGCCACCCAUGUCUCCGACCCGGUUCUCCAUCUGUCCGAGUCACCCCACAACAGUUUGUCGACAUGCUCAUCUACCUCUGA